AUGAUUGAUACACGAACACUUAUUAAAGAAUUAAUACAAAAUCACUCAAUCAAAGGCUAUAUAAUUGAUAGUUUGAAAAGAUAUCAUAGUUUAAUGGAUAUUAUUCACAUUUUGCCAUCGUGCAAUCAAAUUGAUUUCACAAAAGUUCCACAACAACAUCAAAAAAUUAUUGAAAUAUUUUCUAAUGUAAUAGAUACAAUAACAAAAUCAGUUUUAUUAAUAACGACAAUUGAGUCAAUGUCAUACGAAAGUCAACGUUAUUUUGGUAAUUUUAUUAAGAAAAAUGAUUUACCUGUACCAUUUGCAUAUUAUAUGUGGAAUAACCAUAUAAAUUCUGUCGAAUAUAAAAUCAAUUUUAAUAUAUUGUCUGAAAUAAUGUGUUUGACAAAUGGUCAAUAUAUUUUACAAAUUGGUAGUAAAUCAGCGAUUGGAAUGGGCAAGACCAGCAUGUUACAAUAUAUCUUUCCUGACAAACGUACGGAAGCAUUGAGUACAGACGGAAGUUCCACUCUUCGAAAUGGAUGUAUUGAUGUACUUUGUUCAUCAGAAGAAAGAAAUCAAAAGGAUGAGUCGCAUACUAUUUUUGAUGUACAUGGAACAAUGAAUAUUUUCAAUGAAGAUAUUAUUACUUCUAUUCAAACAUAUUGUUCACUUCAGCUAUUGUAUGUUACAAAAGAAGAUCUUAAUGGUGUAUUUUUGAAUUCUAUGAUGAAUUACUCAGAAUGCAUAAAAACAAAACCUACUAUUGUUAUCAUUUUCGAUCCAAAUUAUGAUGAUAAACGAAUUGGUCCAGACCAUAUUAUUAAUUCUUUUCAAUCACAAUAUGGACAUUGGAAGAAUAUAAGAUGGAUAACCGCGCCACCUUCCGAACUAUGGUAUCAGCGUGAUCAUAACAAAAAAAAUAAAGAUUUAACACGCUCACAACAGCUUCUCAAAUCAUUUAAAGAAUUAAGAGAAAGUAUAAACACAGAUGUACAAAAGUAUAUUAAGUGUACAUCAAUAUUUUCAAUUCAAUCAUAUUAUCUUACUGUUAAAAAUUCAACAAAUUCUAGUGCACCCGUUCAUUGUCAUUUUGAAAUUGAAGAUCGUCUUAAACAACUAUUUGGUGGUUUAAAUGAAAAAACAGAAAAUCUUCGUAUUACAACUCCAGUUAGUUAUUUGGAUUCUGCAAUAAAACAAUGUGAGAAAGACUCGGUAAAUAAUUGGAAUGCUCCUCAAACAGAAAUACAAAAUCGAAAAAAAAAUCUAAUUCGAGAACGAUCAAGAAUUGCAACUAUCAAUCGUCACACUGCUUUUUUCAUUGAUUUAUUGACGAAAUAUACAUAUACGGAAUUAUUAAUAACUGAAAAAUAUUUAGAGAAAUGGCGAUCACAAUUUGAAUCAACAUUACUUGAACAAUUAAGUAACGCAAAAGCUGAAGCUUCAAAAUUAAUUUCACGAAUUAAACAGAUAGAAGAACAUUUAUCUGCAGAGAAUAUACAAAUGCAACAAGAACUACGUAAUGUUAAAAGCGAAUUUAAUCAACAAUAUAGACUUGUCAAUGAAAUUAAUCAGAAACUAAUGAAUAUUGAUCUAACCAUUGGUCUUUUUUGUGAUGAAAUAAUGGCUUUAUAUGAACUUUCACCGUAUAUAUUUAAGCCUUCAAGUCUCAUAAAAGAUAUUGCUAAAGCAUUUGUCAAUUUAAUGCAGAAAGGCUUUGCAAUUCAUAUACUUCGUGGUCGUCCGUUACACUGUCAUAGUCGAUUGAUAGAAGAAAGUAUAAAAUUUCUUGCAUCAACAACAAUGCAGGAACCGCCAUUAGUUUUAACAGUUAUUGGAGAACAAUCAUCAGCUAAAUCAUCCUUAAUGAAUACAACAUUUGGUUGUAAUUUUCGUGUUAGUGCUGGACGUUGUACAAUUGGAAUGUAUAUGAGUAUUAUUCAUUGGAAAUCCAAAACAAUUGUUAUUUUUGAUACAGAAGGACUUCUUUCAUUAGAAGAAGCUGGUUCUAUAUUUGAUAAUCAAAUGAUUACAAUGGCUGUACUUUCUUCACAUCUUGUUUUAAUUAAUCAUAAAGGUGAAGUUAGUGCGAAUUUAAAAGAUCUUAUUGGUAUGAGUUUUUAUGCAAAAUUAAAUAUCAAAAGUCCAAUAAAACCCAAAUUAUUAUUUAUUUUAAGAGAUCAAGCAGAUCUUUCAUCCAAAAAAACAUUUUUUCGACAAUUGACACAGUUAAAAGAUCAAUUACAGAAUGAUAGUAAAUUUCUUAAAAGAUCAAUUGAUGAUGAACUUGAUAUUAAUAAUGAAAACCUCUAUUUAUUACCAAAUGCAUUUUCACAUGAUACUGAUGCUAUUUCAAAUAUACCAAGAUGUUGGAGAAAUCAAACAUUUCCACAAGAAAUUAUUAAACUUCGACAAAUAAUAUUUAAUAAUAUCACAAGUACUACAAAACCACGAAGAUUCCACCAAUUAAGCAGUACUAUCGCAACGUCAACUGUCGAACCUCAAUCACCUAUGGCAGAAGUAGCAUAUACAGAUAUGACACAAUUAUAUACGAAAAUUUCAAGUAAUUGGGAAGCAAUUGAUCGUUUAGGUCCAAGAUUAUUAGAAUGUAAAACACUCUAUGAACUUUCGAUAUUGCAAGAACUUCAAAUCAUAGCUAAUGAAAUAAUUAAGGCAACAAAUGCAACUGUCUUUCAACAUGGUGAAGGUUUAAUUGAAAAGACAUUAUUAGAAUUUUCAAGAGAUGGUUGUAUCGAUAAAGAACUUGAUGGUAUUAAUAAUAAAUUUAAUCAUCAAUUAACUGGAAUAAUUACGCAAGUCGUUAAUCAAGCACAAAUGGAUUUUAAUGAUAAAACAGAAAGAAGUUGUUAUCUAGCAGAAACAAAAUUAAAAGUUAGCAGAUAUUUAGAACCGGCAAUUCAUUCUGUACAACAUUUAUUAAGAGAAAAUUUUAAAACACGUAUAAUCGAUUUAUUAAAGAAGGCUCGUGUGAAUGAUGCACAAAAACAAUUAUUAGAGUCAGUACAAACAGAAUUCGAUCAACAUAAAAGCUUUGAAUUACACGAACUUAAAUAUCGCCUUGAAACAAAAUUUCGAUCUACGAUAGAACAACACCGCAAGAAUCUUCAAUCAUCAUCAAAAACAGAAACUGAAAUUAUACAGAACAUUCUAAAGUUUUACAAUAAUCAACUGUUGUGUAAACAACAAGAAACAACCCAUGGAAGUAUUUACAAGUUAUUAUUUACCAUACAGGAUGACGCAGAAUUUAGAAAACAUUCCAAAAAAUUUGAAUCUUGUUUGUCAUGGCCUGAACAACAAACACAGCAACAAAGUCCACUCAAAUUUAGUGGUUUAUGGAAAGCUUUCAGAUCAUUGUUUUCAGGAUCAUCAGAGAAAUGUAUCGAUUCUGUAUGGGAAAAGUUAAAAGAUGAGCCAACAUGGAUUACAACUAAUACACAAGUAAACAAGUAUAAGGGAACUUUUGCACAGAUAUGGAAUAAUGUUAUACCAGAAUUUCAAGAUAAUCUUUUAACAUCAAUCAAGGCUACACAAUCUUUGUCAUCAAAUCCAACGACUAUUCAGCAUCUUUUUCAAUACAUCGAAAAUGCAAUGAAUUCUCCAUGUAUAACAAAACAAUAUUGUGUAGAUAAACACAUACUCUGCUCAGAUUUGGCGGUAAUUGGUCUUGAAACUAUAAUUACCGAAGCAAUAGCGAAAGAAAAAUCAGAUUAUGAAUUAAAUUUACAAAAUACAACAAAUGAAAUAAAAGAAUGUCAAGAUAAUUUAUAUAAACAAUAUACAGCGAUGAAAAAUUCCAUUGAAUUAGGACAAACACUUGCUGAAACAAUUGGAAAACAGAUUGUCGAGGAUAUUUGCCGUCUUUUACAACGUAGAAUUGACAAAGACAUAAGAGAAGAUAUUAUAAAAAGUCAAUUUAUUAAUCAUGAAGUUAUACAAAAACAAGCCUAUGAACAAAGUAUAAGUCAAGCAAAUGGUGAGAAUAUUCUUAAAUAUAUUUAUGAUAUCAAUCGAUAUUUCAUUGAAUUGAGUUUCGAAGAAAUAAAAACAACUUUGCAUACUGUAACACAUCAUCAUACAUUAAAAUUUAAAAAUUUAAUUGUUACAGCAAUUAAUACGGCAAAUACAUUUGUUCAAGAACAUGCAUAUGAACAUACUCAUGAAUUAAGAAAUGGGAUACGAAAAGCAAUUCUUGAUAUACCUGAAUUGAAAUCGACAGAAUUAUUGGAAAGAGAAUUAUACUCGAUGUUUGCAUUGAAUAAUGUUAUUCGCAUGACAAUUACAGAGAAGAAACUAUUUAACCAAGGUUUUGAAAAUAUUUGUACGUAUUACAAAGAUAUUGAAAAAACAAUAAACGAUUUGACAAAAAAUAUCAAAACUGAAGCAUUUAACAGUUGUAAACAGAGCAUUGCAUCACGACUUGGUUGCCAAGCUCGAUGUCCAGGAUGUGGUGCUAAAUGUAGUAAAACAGAACCUCACCAAAAAGAAGAGGUUCAAGUUUGGCAAGAUCCUUGUAAAAUUUGUCUACCAAGUGAUUGUACGUGCAAACAUCCUGAACCAAGUGUUGUUGAAACUCAUGAGAGUACAUACCACUUGGCAACUGCAUUUCGUGGAACGCGAUAUCACAAAACACAUACACCGUGUCUUGAAUUGUGUUAUCAGCGUUGGACAACAAUAGGUGUUCAUGCAGGAAAACAGCAUCAACCGAAUAACUUGCAGAAUGAAAAGAGCGAUGAGACUGAUGAUGAGGAUGAAAUUAUAUUUCCAAAAGCUAAAUAUUAUAAUGAAAGACAUCCAUCAUGGUAUAAUAACUUAAAAAAACAAUCAACAGAAGGUAAUGCAUGCAAUGAAAGGAUUCCACCACCUGAUCAAAGACGUGCUUGGAUGGUUGUUCGCCAUGCAAUCGUGGAUCGUUAUAAAAUUUCUAUGAUUGACAACGAAGAAUAUGAUGAUAAGUUAUAUCCAUUAAAUGUCGAAGCUUUACCAGCAGACUUCGAGCCACGAUGGAAAGAUGAAAAUUUUGAAUAA